AUGUCAAGUAAUUUAAAAAUAUUUGCCCUAGGGGGCUUACAUGAAGUAGGAAAAAAUUGUUAUGUUUUCGAAAAAAAUGAGGACAUAAUUAUCGUGGAUUGUGGUGUUAAGUUUCUCAACGGCAGCAAUCUCGCUGACGGCACUGUUCCUAAUUUUUCUUAUCUUGUGGCUAACCAGAAAAAAAUCAAAGGUUUAUUUAUUACCCACGGCCACGAGGAUCAUAUUGGCGGUAUUCCUUAUUUACUACAAUUAAUUCCGAACAUUCCAAUCUAUGGUUCGGACUUUUCAAUUUCUCUUCUCAAACAAAAAUUACGGGGAGAAAGCAAAGAAAAAACCACCAUUUUUCAAGACGACACAAUAAUUCGCACCGGGGAGUUUCGGUUGGUCGAAAUUGGCAAAAAAGGUGUGGAUUUAUUGUUGAGCGAUUCCACUAAUUCUGAAGUUGAAGGUAAUACUCCUUCAGAAGCGAAAGUAGUUAAACGCUUAGAAAAUAUUAUUACAGAGGCUACAGGCCGAGUAAUUAUUACCUCUUUUGCUUCUAAUGUCUACCGCUUAAAAAAAGUCAUUGAGAUUGCCAAAAAAACGGACAAAAAAAUUGUUUUGCUGGGUUCUUCACUACUCAAAAUGAUGAAAGCCAUUCAAAAAGCCAGGGGAGGAAAAAGCGGUCCUCAGUCGGCUGGCUCACCAAAAUUAUCCAGAUUGAAAAUUAGCAAUAAAUUAUUUGCUCUUGGAGCCAAAGUUUAUGAGAAUAAUAAAGAGGAUUUGCUCCAUGCUUCCGGUCACGCUUGCCAAGAAGACUUAAAAUUAAUGCUUACGCUGGUUAAACCGCGUUAUUUUAUGCCUUUUCACGGCGAUUUUCGGAUGCUGAAAAAACACGGGCAUUUGGCUCAAGAAUUAGGUAUUCCUAAAGAAAAUAUUUUCGUUUGUGCUAACGGGGAAGUGGCGAUAAAUGACGAAAAAAUUGACCAGCACGAUAAGAAAACGGAUAAAUAUAAUAGUAAAGAAAAAGAAAAAUUGCCUGACCUAGUAAAAUUACACGAACAAAUCGAAGAAUUACAAAAAAAACCAAACCCAACCGCAGAGGAGAAAGAAGAAUUAACCAAAAAAAAAGAGGAAUAUAAUAGUAAAUUAAACCAAGCCAAAGAAGCCACGAUUAAAAACAUUCAAACCCAAUUGGCGCAAAAUAAAUUAAAUAUUACUGAACUAGACGAUAGAAGUAAGAAGUUGGGAUUACACAAUUAUCUAUUUUUGGAGAUAAUUUUUAAAUUAGUAAUUAUUGAAAUAAUUGCAAUUUGGAUUUAUUUCGAAACGGCGAAAUUUUGGGAGAAUAUGGAAAAAAUGCGCGACCCUUACCUUAGCAUGGAGGAGAAAGAACAGUUGAAUGCGGAGACGAUGCCAUUGUUUAAAUACUGUCGUUUGGAUGAUGCCGAAGGUUAUGAGCAACAAAACGAAAGGCCACUAGUAAUCGUUUCCAAUAAUAAGCAAAACGAGAUAGAAAAGUUGUUAGUAGUGGUUCCUCUCAGUCGUUCCAUUGAAAAGAUUUAUCCUUUUCAAGUAGCCAUUUUCUUUAAUAGUGAACCAGGCAAAGCCAAAUGUGAACAAGUCCGAGCCAUUACCAGUGAAAGGUUAGAAAGAAAAUUAGGUAAUUUAACUGAAAAAGAAAUAAAUGUUAUUGAAGAAAAGUUAGUGAUAAUCUUGGCUUUGGAAGAUUAUAUCGAAAGAAAAAUUAAAGAGAGGACAAACUAA